AUGCUGAUGCAUCUGAUGAGCCCCAGAUUACUGAUGGAGCUGCUAGAAGAAGAAAUGAGUAGGCCAAGAGGUCCUACAAAAGGAUACGUUCCAAACCCGGCUUUCAAAGAGUUCUUCUGUGGGAUGAGUGGAUACGUCCGAUGGGGCAAUUUGCUGGUGAGUACAAGACAUAUUGCAGGGAGAUCAGCAGAAGCAAAGUGUCUAUCUUGUACGACAGUUGGGAUGAUGUUCCAGAAGGCACAAAAAACUUUGUGGGAAGAUGUAAAUGUUAGAAAUUUCCACAAAGCCUUUAUGCAUAUGCCCAUGAAUAUCACUCUCAUUACUCUGAUCCCUAACGCAGACCAAGCUUUACUUGCAAAGGACUUUAGACCUAUAGCCUGCUACACUAUGUUAUACAAAAUUAUAGCUAAGGUGCUUACUAAUAGGCUUGUUCAAGUGAUUCAUGAAGUGGUAAACCCUUCCCAGGUAGGUUUCAUCCCAUAUAACAUUCUUCUUGCACAUGAACUGAUGUGGUCCUUCCUUGAAGCUAUGAUGUUAGAACUGGGGUUCCCUGACCAGUGGGUAGAUUGGAUCAUGGCUUAUGUUAGAAGUGUCUCCUAUUCAGUGCAACUAAAUGGUUUACCUUCUAAACGAUUUCAAGCUAAGAAAGGGCUUAGACAAGGAAACCCUUUGUCUUCUUUUCUCUUUGCUUUAAGAAUAGAAUAUUUGAGUAGAUGUUUGGGAGAUUUGAAAGAUGAUCCUGAUAUCAACUUUCACCCAAAAUGUGAGAGAAUAGCCCUCACUCAUCUCAUGUUUGUUGAUGAUCUAUUGCUCUUUGCAAGGGUUGAGCAUAGCUUAGUGACUAUGAUCAUGGCUGCCUUUAGAAAAUUUUCUUUGGCCUUUGGGUUGGAAGCUAGUGUUGGAAAGAGAUGUAUCCAUUUUGCUGGUGUCUCUACUCAUGAGGCUAAUGAUAUUGCUACUGUUGUUUCUCUCCUAGUAGGAACCUUGCCUUUCAAGUAUAUUGGUGUGCCUUUGGCAGCCAGGAAAUUGAAUUUCUCUCAAAGUAAGAUUUUGGUUGAUAAAAUCACGGCUAUAGCUCAGUCUUGGAUGGCUACGUCUCUCGCCUAUGCUGGAAUAAUUUAA